AUGGGGGGGCCAAUGAUGGUGCGCCCAGGCUUUCCGCCGAUGCAUCUCCCCCCUGGCGCGCAGGGUUUCCCGGGGGGCGGUCCCCCCGGGCCCCCCGGGCCUCUCCCCGGUCCCCCCGGGCCUCCCCCGGGUCCCCCUGGUGCGCCGUUCGCAGGCGGACCUCCCCCGCAGGCAGGCGCGCCUGGGGGAGGGUUUCCUCCGCAGUUCCCCCCGCAGCAGAUGCGGCCGCAGUUUCCGCCGCAAAUGCAACCGCAAAUGGCGCACGGGCAGCAACAACACCCGCCGCCGCAGCAGCAGCAACAACAGCAGGAGCAUCAUCAUCAGCAGCAGCCGCAGCAGCAGCAGCAGCAGCAACAGGGGGGGGGUGCGGGUAUCCUGGGGAGGAGCAGCAGCGGCGGGGUUGGAGGCUCAAGCGGGGCAACCCUAGGUCCGGGGACGGGGGUGGUCGUCGCGGUGGUGGUGGGCGAUGGCGCAGGGGGAGGCGGAGGCGCGGGGGCGCGCGGGGAGAACGCGGAGGGGGAGGGGGAAGGCGGGAACAAGCGGAAGAAAUCCCGCUGGGAUAUAGAUGCGGCUGCCAGGGCGGAGGGUAAAGCGGGUGGGAGAGGGGAGGGAGCGGGGGAAAGGGGGGAAGGCGGGGGAGGCGGGGAAGGAGGGGAAGGCGGGGGGAAAGAGCGCGGGAGGGGCCUCGCGGAGGCAGGAGGUGCUGCUGGAGCCAAUGGAGGCGUGGCACGUGGACAGUGGGGGAGCGAGGGGAUGGGGAGUGCGGGGAGGGGAGGGCUAGAGGAGGCCGUUCAGUUCGCUGUAUUGAAAGACCAGGAAGAGGCGGCGCAAGCAGCUCUGGCUCGUGGGGCGAGCCAGGCAGCAUCGGGGGACAUGGACACAUCAGCUGACCCCCAGUCGCUGCUCAACUCUCGCCACGACCCCAACGCCCUCAAGGUACCCGCUCGGCCCGGCCCCACUCGCUCUCCGCGCUCGCUCUCCCCCACUCGCUCUCAACCACUCACUCUUCCCCACUCACUCUCCCCCACUCGCGCUCCCGCACUUGUGCUCCCCCACUCGCUCUCCCCCACUCGCUCUCCCCCACUCGCUCUCCCCCACUCGCUCUCCCGCACUGCCCCCCCCCACUUGCUCUCCUCACCAACCCCUCCUCUCGCUCUCCCCACUUCCUUUUCCAAUUUGCUACUUGUACCUUUGUAG